GAAUUGGCAAGAGAUAAGCGAGUCGGGGGAAAAUAUACAUAAUAUAAAAAUCAUAAAGAAACAAUCAGUCUUCUUUAUAUAGAUCGCACAAUAACGAAGUACUUAAUAUUUAAAAUAUAGUUCGCCAAAUAUUCGCCGAGUCUAAUGAAGUAUCUAUUGGAAAAGUGUAAAGUAACAAAAUGUUAACUGUGCAUAUGUGUUUAUUUGUUUCCACUGUGAUUACAUAAAUAUUGUGAUUUGCCUUUUGUUUUCCGCCUCUUGAGUGCCAUGCCUGGACAAUUUAUUAAAGUGAAAGAAACCCGUGGAACCGUGUCCCGGGAAACUUUCUCUGAUUCAAUUAAAAAACAAGACUUUUCAAAAUGUGAUACUGAUUCGAACUAUUCAAAUUCUAUGGGAGAUAUUUGCAGAAUAUGUCAUUGUGAAGCUGAUGCGGAAAAUCCUUUACUCUCUCCUUGUUAUUGUUCGGGGAGUUUAAAAUAUGUUCACCAAAAUUGUUUGAGGCAAUGGCUAGCUGCUUCCGAUACAAGAUCCUGCGAGCUGUGUAAAUUUAAUUUUAUACUACAUACGAAAAUCAAGCCAUUGUCAGAAUGGCGAAUUUUAGAGAUGAGCAGUGUUGAAAGGCGGAGGCUUCUAUGUGCCAUUUUAUUUCAUUUUGUAGCAGCUGUUUGUGUAGUCUGGUCACUGUUUGUACUUAUAGAUAGGGCAGCAGAAGAAGUUCAGAAGGGUUUGAUAGCUUGGCCAUUUUGGACCAAGUUAGUUGUUGUUGCGGUUGGAUUUACUGGAGGAGCUGUUUUCAUGUACAUACAAUGCAGACAGUACUUACAUUUAUUUUCUAGAUGGAAAGCUCAUAAUAGGAUCAUUUUAGUGCAGAACGCACCAGAAAAACCUCCCCCGUUGGACACCACCCACCAAUACAUCUUCGCGAAGGAGAACCUCUUAACUCACCCUAUUCCCCCCGUGGGAGAUUAUAGCGUCCCUCCAUCCGAUCCCAACUCCAACUCGCAGAGCGACGUCCAGCUGUGCUACGUGUUCGAGGCCGAGUGUCCGAAGGCCAAACGGCUGGACAGUUGCGGCUCGUCCGUCCAAAAAGCGGACGUGCACGUGGAGGACCUGUGCGAAAGUCCCGAUGGCGGCCAGUACUUCAGAGAUAAUAUCGUGGCAUUGGAUAUCGAAUGUCCGGCCACCGGGAACAGGAAGCUGAUUUCCAACAAGACUGAGCACGCACCUGGCACGUGCAAAUCGUUGCCGAACCUGCUGACCGCCAGCAACGAGAAUUUGUUGGUGUGAAAGCGGACACGGAUCAAAAUCGCCCUUUAUUUUAAUUAUUAUACUUUAUUGUGAAUAAAUUUUAUUUAUUAUUUAGUUAA